AUGCUCAAUGUGGACGUAAUUGCACUAAUAUGCGAGGAGCUGGAAUUUGGCACUUCUCGAUGUCUCGAUCGUACAUUCCGGACUACCGAAGAUCUAAACUGUCGGAAAGGCCUUUUAUCUUUAGGUCUUAGCUCCAAAACAUUUCUGGAACCCGCAUUGGGUGUUCUCUGGAGGACGUUAAACAGUGUCGAACCACUGCUGUCGGUGCUGCCAGAGACAGUGUCUUUGAAUGGGAAAAAAAUGAUCAUGAAGCAGAUUGCUCUUCCCUCUUGGGAUAGGCUUCACUACUAUGCUUCCAGAGUCCGUAUAUUCAAAGACGACGGCACUGACAAUGUGCAUGAAUCGGUUUAUGCAAUCCUUGGCCAAUCAAAACCUAUCUUUCCAAACCUAGCACAGUUGCUACCUGGAACUCAAAUAUGCAUGUACUCGUUGGUAUUCUUUUUGACGAGCUCUAUAUCCAGAGCAGUGAUUCCUUCGCCCUAUUUCCCACAAUCUGAACAUCUCGAUUUCGGGCCUUCACUUGCUCUUCUUGCUUCAAAGAGUCCAGGAUUACGAUCUCUAUUCAUUACAACCACCCAAUUUUCCGGGAUAUCCGCUUCCCUAAGAGGUUUCCGCGAGUUGGAGGCUCUUCAUCUGGGACGUUUACCACAGUAUGAGAAAGACUAUAUUCAGAGCUUGGCAUCUCUAACGAAAUUGACCUACCUCAAUUUGACCUUACUCAGCGAUGAUUCCUUCGAUUAUGUUGGUCUCCAGACUAGUUUCCCUUCUCUGAAGCAACUUUCAAUCAUCGGGUCUAGUUCAGAGUUGCAUAACUUUUUGAAGAUUGUCACGCCUUUGUCUCUACAGAUAUUGUCCUUAAGAUGGCAUGGUGAUCCAUCCAUCAUCGAUGCUAUUGAUGUGACCACAUCCCUUGGUCGUUUCUCUUCCCUCCAGAAUCUCGAUAUCGAUAACGCAACAUCGCUUUUUGUAGUGGACCCUGAUCGCGAAAGACUCUGGUCGUUGUUCAACCCGUUGUUGAAGCUAACCCAAAUUCGGAGCCUUCGGUAUUCCUCGCCACUUUUCCUUACCGACCAAAUCACGGCCACUAUUGCCUCCUCAUGGCCUCACGCUGAAACACUUCAUUUUACUGCUGUCUCGUGGUCUGAAAUACCCCCCGUCAGUUCUCUAGCCCAUUUUGCUCGAGAAUGUCCGAACUUGGACUAUCUCCAGUAUCCGAUCCAAAUCGAUGUUUCUCCUGGUGCAGCAGAUCCUAUUCCACCCACCCCGUUCAUGCAUCCUUUGCGUGAUUUUAUCUGCAGUGUGCACUACGAUGUAUUGGAUCCUCUUUACGUCGCGUUAAGCCUACAUCAGAUCUUUCCGAGUCUCAAGAAUGUGUCUGGUGAUGGGGAUAAGUGGGACGAGGUGAAGGCAAUAUUAGAGUCGUAUCAUCUCAUAUUAGCUCAGAAUCGACGAUCGAUUUGA